CUACUACAUCCAAAAAGGCAGCUUACCCUCCACCCAACCACACCACAGUUCUUACCUCCGUUCUAUCCGACAUCCAUCGUCCAUCAUGAAGCUUCAAUCUCAUCAUCAAACAACCGCUCAUUCACGCAGCUAUGGCGACCCACCAACCCCCAACUUCCUCCCCCACCGCAGCCCAAGAUGAAAUCGCAAACCCCAACAACCCCAAUCCAAACGAUGGGCUCACCUACAACAACGGCACCUUGAAAGGAGACGAGUUAGAAAUCAAAGAUGAAGAUAUAAUAACAGUAACCAGCAUCCGACUAAGCGAGCACCGCUACACAAUCCUCAGUCUAGCCCCUCCCUCAGACACUAACCCUGAAACCAAAGCCCCGGCUUUCUCACUGCAAACCACACACGCGAAGUCCCUCCCAAAGGAAUUCCUGAGGAAACACCAAUUUCAGGGCCUGCCAUCGUAUCUGGGUCCUGAUUCAUACCUCCCAAUUCUUGUCUCGACCGUUUCGGGGACGGGUCUUGCGCCGAGUUUCUUGGAGGAGGUUUUGCGGCCGGUGUUGAAUGCGAUAGGAUUGAGCGAGCCGCAGUACGAGGUGAUACGGACGGAGAGUACGGAGUCUAUUCUACAGUUUGCAAAGGGGAAGUUAUUGCGGGGUGCCAAUGAGGGACGGGGUCAGACUGUGAUUCUGCUGAGUGGGGAUGGCGGGGUAGUUGAUAUCAUUAAUGGACUUUUGCAAGAUGGGGAUAGAUCAAGGUACCCAGCUCUCUUCCAAAUUCCAUACAUGACUAACAUGAUAACUCAGUACAUGCGUCCCCCCAUCUCUAAUCCAAAUGCCCCUCGGCACAGGCAACGCACUCUUCCACACCCUCCACAAACAAUCCCCCCUCCCCUCCUUGUAUAUCCAAGCCCUUCGCACCCUCCUAACCGGCACAUCCAAGCCUCUCCCAAAAUUCUCAGCCUCCUUCUCCCCAGGCUCCCGCCUCCUUACAAACGAAGGCCAGACCGCUACGCCCAUCCCAAAUAACAAAAUCCACGGCGCAGUCGUAGCAUCCUACGGUCUGCACUCCACGCUCGUAGCAGAUUCCGACACGGUCGAGUACCGAAAACACGGAGCCAAACGAUUCGGACUGGUAGCGAAGGAUCUGUUAUUCCCUGACAGCGGAGCACCGCACAAAUACCUUGCUUCUGUCACACUCGUUCGCAAUGGGAAGGAAGAAGUAUUGGAAAGAAAAGAACAUACAUACAUCCUCGCAACCCUCGUCUCCAACCUCGAGAAAACAUUCACCAUAUCCCCCGCUAGUCGACCGCUCGAUAGCAUAUUAAGAAUCGUACAUUUUGGGGCUAAGAGUGGAGAGCAGACAAUGGAUAUCAUGAAAGGCGCAUAUGAGGACGGGAAGCACAUUGAGAGUGCAAAUGUGGCGUAUGAGGCAAUCGACGGGUUUAAGAUCAGCUUCCAAGAAGGAGGGGAGAGUUGGAAAUGGAGGAGGUGUUGUGUUGAUGGAUUGAUUGUGGGUGUCGAGGAGGGCGGGUGGGUAGAGGUUAAGAUGGGUAAAGGGGAGGAGGUUGUGAGGAUUGUGAGUGAUUUGUGA